AUGGACAAUGAAAUUUUGAUAGUGAGGAUAAUCUUGCUUUUACAUAUGUACUUGUAUGAUAUUAAUUUUAAAACCAAAUGGCAAACCCUGAGACAGAUUGAUCAUUUACUUCUUUACUCCCCCUCCUCCAAAUUUGUCAAUGAACACCCUAGUGGAUGGAUAACACUCCACGAGUUCAGAAAUAACCCACAUUUUUGUGGGUAUACAGUUGGAAUAUCCUCAGAAUAUACUGAUUUGUAUUUUGGACAAAUUGCUGAUAUAGGGAUGAAAGAUGAUUUUGUACUUGAGGUGGGUAGCCUGCGUUAUCUUCCUGUGAGAAGGAUUGGAAUCCCAGAAGAGAAGCAAAAAUGCUCCUUCAAGCUGCGAGACAAAAAUGGGGCUAUCACUCUGCUGGAAAUGGAAAUUAUGAAGGGCUCUCUGAUCAGCCUCUAGGAAUUUAUUGAGGGCCCUCUAGAAGACAACUGGAUCAGAGAAAGGCUGGAAUGUGAUCCAAAUACAGCUGAGAUCCAAAGACCUCAGAACUGA